UCCGCCUCAAAGCAAGUUAUCAGCGUCGAGGAAUGGGAAGCUAAAGCACCUUUGGGAGAUCUCGAAAUACGGAGCAUCAACGCGAUUAAGGCGGCCACAGAAAAAGUGCCAUACCCCCUCAAGUUCGCUGAAGAAGAUGAUUCUUCAGCUUCAGGUUCUGUAACGCCAAUCACUCAGCAACAACGGAAUAAGCUGGUGGCUUCAGCUUCAGGCUCUGGAUCUCGUCCCUCAACUCCUUCGGGUCGUUCAAACGCUCAUGCCUUACAUCCUAAACAACCUAUCCAAACUCCACAGCAGUUCUACGACUGGUUCGCCUUGAUUGACCGUUCCGUCGCGCACAGCCAAGAGUCGCAUUUCCGCACUCACGUCGCCAGCGUCUCGGAACACUUGGAGACGUGUGAUUUGCUGCUAGAUAGGAUUGCUGAGAUUGAUAGGGAGGUCGAUGGGAUGAUGGAGGGUUGGACAGGUGUUGAAGAAGGUGGGAAGAACUUGAAGGAUGCUUGUGAGCGGCUUUUAGAGGAACGGGAUAGGCUACUAGAGCUCACGGACGAUAUUGACUCGUAUUUGGAAUACUUCCAGGAGCUGGAGCCGGCAACGAGGAUGCUCAAUCAUCCUGGGGAGUCCCUCAUCUUCCAAAGUGACUUUUUGUACAUGGUGGAACGAGUCGACAUUUGCAUCGAUUUUCUCAAAAGCCAUAGACAUUUCAAAGAAUCGGAGGUCUAUCUCUUGCGUUAUCAGCAAUGCAUGACGCGUGCCAUGACCCUCAUCAAGAUGAACUUUGUUGGAUCAUUGAGAGCAUUAUCUUCUGACGUCUCAACUCGGCUUUCUGAAAAGGAUGUAUCACCCACAGCUCAAAUGCAUCUACUUUACACUCGAUUCAGGACCGUUUCAAAAAAAGUGGCUCCCCUCCUUGGGGAAUUGGAACGGCGUGCUCUGGCAUACCCGGACGAGCUAUCUGCACUGUUAUCGGAGUGCCACAGUGCCUAUUUCUACGCUCGCAAGCAACUACUCGUCCCCCGCAUAUUAGAAGAGAUCAAGGGUCUCAACCCAUCAAGAAGUGAACUGGUUGAGCUAACGAGAGCUGGUUGCAGCUACUUGAAGCAAUUGUGUACGGACGAGUUCAAUCUCUAUCGUGAAUUCUUCAGCACGGCUGAGGAUCAGUUAUAUCAGUAUCUUGAAACACUUUGUGAUUUCCUUUACGACGAUCUUCGCCCACGCAUCCUCCACGAGCCUCGUCUUACAGCGCUUUGUGAGGUCUGUACUGUUCUCCAGGCCCUUAUGGUGUUAGAUGCUCCGUCGUCAUCAUCAUCCUCGAUGGUAUUCUCUGCGAAUGACGAUGACGACGAAAGUGGUGACGAUGACGACGCUGAUCGGAGCGAAGAUGAUGAGGAUGGCGACGUUGACGAGCUCACAAUUGAUCUCGACAAUCCUCAUCCCAAGGGCAAAGGGAAGGUCGGUCGGCGACUGCACAUUAGUCAUCUAUUGCAGAUGGUACUGCAAGACGCACAAACGCGUCUUUUCUUCAAGGCGCAGUCAGUCAUUCAGAGUGAUAUCCGCUACUACGUUCCCAAGGCUGAAGAUCUCGCAUAUCCCGAUAUCCUAAUAUGUCAGAAACCUCAAUCUGGGAACGAAAUCCGGGAGAAGGAGAGUGUGAGCGAGAUAUUCCAACUUCCAUCAUUGGAUAAGCAGGAUACUUGGUACCCGACCAUGCGCAAGAUGGUAUGGGUUCUUUCACAGUUGCAUGAUUUUGUGAAGCCUGCCAUUUUCGAGGACAUUGCGCAAGAAGCCGCGAACCUUUGUCGUCAGUCCUUAGUUGCUGCAUCCGAAGCGAUUAAGACGCGUAGCGGCCUGGACGGCCACCUCUUCCUUGUACGAAAUCUUCUAAUCUUGAAGGAAAUCACUCGAAAUCUGGAUCUGGAUCAACGCAACACGAUCGAACCUUCCAGUAGCAAAUCAACAACGGAUUUUGAAACCUUCGCAAAUCUACUAAGCAGGACAACUUCAAUGCUCCCUGAUGGAUUAUUUGCCUCUCUUGGCAUGACACGAGGGGAAGACGGUAUCCGCGGGGGAAUCGACCAUGAUCUUAGACGGGCGUGCGAAAAUGUCAUUUCUGUUUCUGUCGACUCUAUCUGCGAACCCCUACAAUCUUGGGCCGAACGGAUUCACGCCUACAAAAGUAUACCCCCUUCUCUUGAGAAGCAGGAUGACGAACAUCCUCCAUCUGGACCUCUGUCGGAACAGGUCUGGGCAUCCCGCUCUGCUGCUGAGACUCUGAACCUCAGAUUCAGAGAAGCAUGCGAACGAGAUAUGCGGUCGAGUGUUGCAAGGCUGCGACUAUAUCUAGAGGACGACCGCACCGUGCGUGUACUGGUGGAACACAUGCAAGACCGUAUCAUGGACGCAUAUGCGGCAUAUCGGGAGGUUGUGUGGGGCAUGUAC